AUGUCGGAGGUAUCCUCUGAAGACUUGUAUUUGAAUAGGGCUAGAUUUGUGAUGAAAUUUUUAGGGGUCUGGGUACCACCUCCCGAUGAAAACCACAUCCAAAAACUUCACCGUUUAUUCAUUAUGUCUCUGCAGUAUUUAUUUUUAUUGUUUCAAAUUAUUUACAUAAUCCAAGUAUGGGGGGACUUAGAGGCCGUCUCGCAGGCUUCGUACUUGCUCUUCACUCAGGCUAGCCUAUGUUUUAAAGUCACCGUUCUGCAAAUUAACAAAGAAUUAGCACGGAAUCUAUUGAUUCAAAUGAAUAGUGACAUUUUCAAACCGCAGAACGAGGAGCAAAUAAGGAUCUUAAGAAAUCAAUCAGGAAGAAUAAAGAGAUUGCUGUUUGCGUUUAUGGUCAGUUCCCAGACUACGUGUUGCCUGUGGGCACUCAAACCUCUAUUCGAUGAUGCUGGCUCCAAGAAGUUUCCAUUUGACAUGUGGAUGCCCGUGAAUCCAGAGCGCCCACCUCAAUACGCGUUUGGAUACGCCUUCCAACUUCUGACGAUAAGCAUGAGUGCCUUCAUCUACUUCGGAGUCGACAGCAUCGCCCUGUCCAUGGUCAUAUUCGCCUGUGCUCAGUUAGAUAUUAUAAAGAACAAGAUUUUAAAUAUAAAAUCGCAUUCUUCUGAGCAAUUGACAAGAAGACAGCUUAUCAAUAAUUCAGAUUAUCUAGAAGACAAUCUAAGGAAAUUAAAAAAUUGUGUAAAACAACAUCAGUGUAUAAUUACGUUUACCGAGAUGGUGGAAAACGCCUAUCACACUUUUCUGUUGUUUCAACUAAGCGGAAGCGUUGGUAUUAUUUGUAUGUCGGCACUUAGAAUUUUGUUGAUCGACUGGCAUAGCAUGCAGUUCCUCUCGAUAUUUCUCUACCUCUCCGUUAUGAUCAGCCAGUUGUUCGUGAGCUGUUGGUGUGGUCAUGAGCUUACAGCUACAAGCGAGCACCUACACAGCGUGCUCCACGAGUGUGCGUGGUACGAGCAGAGUUUGGAAUUUAAAAAGAUUCUACUGGUGGCCAUGAUGCGGAUGGAACGACCCCUGGUGCUUCGUGCUGGCCACUACAUCAGCCUCUCUAGGCCAACUUUUGUUUCUAUCCUUCGAAUGUCUUACUCGUAUUUUGCAGUGCUCAAUCAAACAACCUAAUUUGUCCAAGAGCUGUAUAAUUAUUCGAAAAGAGAUCUGCACUAGUAGUAUAUACAGUAACAGCAUGGGGAACACCGAACACGUCAUAUUCGCAAACUAAUUCUAGAAAAAAUCAUAAAUUAAGCAACUUUUAUUUUAUAAGGUA